ACUGUGAAAAUGCAGAAGAGAGCUGUGAACUGGAUUGCAGAAGCUUUCCACUUACAGGAAACAAAUACCCAGUGGUGCACUUUAUUUACAGAUCGUCAGCUUUGCAGACUAGUUCAGCUAUGAGUAGCGCUGUGCACAUUCUGCUUUUUUUAAUAGUUCUUCUUAAUUUGGCUCUCUACAUACGGACCAGCGAGCCUGUCUUUAACAUUAAAGAUCAAGCGUUUAUUGACGAAUGCGUGAGAGAACACAACAAACACAGAAGAAAUGUGGAACCCCCCGCCAGCAACAUGCGAUACAUGACGUGGGACGAAGGCCUUGCAAUAACAGCCAAGGCAUGGGCAAAGAAUUGCAUCUUUAAACACAACGUUAACCUUAAGCAGCCGAGCAGGAUGCACCCUACAUUCAAAUCAGUGGGUGAGAAUAUCUGGGCCGGCGCUCCAUACAACACAUUCAAAGUGGGAUCGGCUUUGAUGUUAUGGGUGAAUGAGAAACAAUAUUAUAAUUACUACAACCUCAAGUGCUCACCAAUGCAAGAAUGCGGCCACUACACACAGGUUGUCUGGGCAGAUACUUAUAAGGUCGGGUGUGCUGCCCAAGCCUGUCCGAACGGUGUGUCAGAAACUUCAUUUUCAUCAAUACCAGGGAUCAUAUUUGUGUGCAACUACGCAACGGCAGGAAAUUACAGAAGUGUGCCUCCUUACAAAAACGGGAGCCCGUGCAGCAUGUGUAACAAUGAGAUGUGUGACAAUCAGCUGUGCCGUAACUCGACACGAGAUACACUGAUGAGGUAUAACUUGACCACUGACUGGUCGUCCUGCGGUUCCUUCUGCCAGGCUGUUUUGAUUACCAGGCCCGUGUCUGUCCUGCUCAUAUUUGCCAUUGUUUACGGUCUUCAACACCAUUAUACGCACCUGUUUGCAUAUGAGUGAAAAAGCCUCGACACAACUGCAAAACUGGCCUAGUUUACAUGGCAACAUGGCAGAUCCGUUAUACCAGGGAUGCUCACACUUCUAUGAAAUGAGAUCUAUUUCCAUAAUGUUAUUAUAUUCAUAUAAUAGUAUAUUUGUUUAAAUUGUUUGUAGCACAUUUUAUUCCAACAACAACCUUUUUGAAACAAAACAAGAUUUCACUGGUGCAUUAUUUGGUUUGGAAUUGCAGGGUUGUUUAGAUCAGUGUUACUAUCAGAAAUAAUUAAUAAUUAUUUCUUUAGUUAUUAAUUAAUAUUUAAUUAAUUGAAUCUAACUCAUUAAAACCUCAUAUGGGGCUCCAGUAAAUGUAGUGCGCUACGUUUUGGUUAUUAGCAAUAAUUAAUAAUUAUCAAAGAUAAUUAUUAAUUAUUAAAAUCAAUAGAACAUUGAUGAGAAUCAAUGUUAGCUUUUUUAAUCCUUUAAAUCAACAAUUAUCAAAGAUAAUUGUUAAUUGUUAACAUCAAUGAAACAUUGAUUAAAAUUAACACGAGCUUAUUGAUCAUUCAAAUUCAACAAACAUCAAAGAUAAUUAUCAAUUAUCAAAAAUCAAUAGAAUAUUAAUUAGGAUUAACAUUGACGGGGCACCACCCUGGAAUCAGGGACUAAUAACCAGAUAGUAAAACAGUCUCAAUAUUAGAUUGUUUUCUUAGGAAAAUCAGACAUCCAAAGAAUAUCGAUUUUCGGGGGGAAAAAAAACAAUGAAUGAAGGCUUGAAUCUUGAACUGUUAAUUUCUUUAAAAUCCAAAUUUUUAAGUAUAUUUUAGAAUUUAGCUGAAGUACAUAGUUAUGUCGUCAUGGCAACAAAGUUGUAAAAUUGGCUAUAACUUCACAUAAAAGGUUAGCAAGUGAUUUUAUUACACUUAAGUCAUGUUAACACAUAUUGUUUAUGUCUUGUGGCUAUACUUUUGAAAUAGUAUUAUAAUGUUUAUGGAUUGGCCCCAUUGACUUCCAUUGUAAGUGCUUCACUGGAACACAGAUUUUAGCUUAUUUUUAUUAUUUUUUUUUUUUUUAAGGUGCAAUUUUUAGUCAAAGAGCCUUGUAAUUUUCCAAUCUAAAAUAUUAAAUCUUUAUUUUCUUUUUCUUCUGUCUAUGCAGAAGGAAGCAUCACAUUUUAUUAAAAGGCCUCAAAACUUCAAA